AAAAUAAAUUAGUAUUCAAGUUAAAUUUGUCUUCAAAUUAAAUAAAUUAUCAACAAAUUAGUAUUUCUGUAACCACUGUAUUUUUGUUACCUAUGCAUCGACACUGUUAUAAAUUCUACUUGAUGUAUUAUGGGUGGAGAGAUGUGUAUCAAACAUCUUGUUCACAUAAAAAGAACUGAAGAAGUAUUGAAUAACGUUUUAUGUCACUUCUAUCUAGAAUAAAAAACAAAAUGAUAUUAAAUCUGAGUUAGAUAAAUUACAUGUCAACUUUUUAAUAAAUAAAAUGUAUUCAAUUUUUAAAAGAAUACUGUGAAUCAGUUACUUUUAUUUUCAUAGGCCUACAUAACAGUAGGCUAUAUUUAUUCUUAUUUUCUUCUCACUAGAUUCUAUGUCCAGCUGGAAUAGCUUCUUGCAAAGCCCACUACAAUUUUUUUAAUUUUAACAGGAUGGAACGAUAACAUAACCAAUUUGUUUUAUUUUGAAUCUUUGUCGUGUAAUCACGAUAUUAUCUGAGUUUUAUACGAUUGACCAUGUAUACAAUUGUGUUUUACUCUAUCACUUCUCUUAUAUUGCUUCAUUGCUUCAAGGUCCAAAGCGAGACAAUCAUUUCUCAAUCCGAAUCAGAGAAUAAGUAUUCACUUGACAAAAUCAACAGAGAAUCGGACACAAAUGAAUACAUCGAGGAUGGGUUUCCCAAAGUACUCAGACUGUUUCCAGAAAAUGAGCAAGAAUACAAGCUGACCGAGCUGGCCGAAAGUGGCGCUAAUAAUAAUUCGCCUGCGCCAAACAAGUGCUGCAAAACAAAGACCGAAGAUCCCUUGGAGGACAAACCCUUCUUCUGUCAACAGCACAGAUGCAACACGGGUGUCAAACAUCCCUUCAACUUCACCGAGGAUCACAGAAGCAAUACUCGCAGAAAAGAUGAUAACAAAUGCUUUCAAUUCAAUGAGAAUGGUAAAUAAAUUAUUAUACUGAUCAAAAUUACAAAAUUCAUGUAACCAUGACCUCAUUAUAUACAGUUUUAAAACGA